CGUCAACCUAAAGAGUAUUUUCAGUCAACAGACGAAUCCUCUUUGCUUAGAACUCUUAUCGUUUAUGCGCAAAAUCUCUAAACGCCAUUGUGUAAAAUAUAUUUUAAUUUUGUAAUGGCAAAACAAAGGAAAAUGGCUUCUGGACCAAGCUCUGAUGGAGCCAAGUAUCAUUGCAACUACUGCCAUGCAGACUGUUCUGGUUUACGCAUCUCUUGUGCAGAAUGUUCUGAUUUUGAUGCUUGUCUUCAGUGUUUUGCAUCAGGUGCAGAAAUGGGUAACCACAAGCGAGGUCACAAUUAUCAAUUAAUGGAUAAUGGCACUUUUCGACUCGUCGUUCCAGAGUGGACAGCAGACGAAGAAAUGUUACUACUCGAUGCAAUCGAACAGCACGGGUUAGGAAACUGGGACGAUAUUUCGGAUCAUGUUGGAACUAAAACUCCUCAAGAAGCGAAAGACCAUUUUGAAGAUAUAUACUUGUGGAAGAAUAUCGGGAAUGUAACACUUCCACGUACGACUUCAGAUAUACCUGACCAUGCAACAACUGCGAGCGGCCAACUUUCACCGGGUAUAUUAAAACCAGUUGAACCACUUGAUAUUCCUAUACAAGAGCAACAAGAAUUAGGAUAUAUGAUGUAUAGAGACGACUUUGAAAGGGAACAUGAAAAUGAUGGUGAAAACUUGGUAAAGAAUCUUGUCUGCAGUCGAGACGACGAUGAGCUGGAAACAGCUUUAAAAUUAUCUGCAGCAGAUAUGUACUGGAGGGUGUUAAAAGAACGAAGUCGUUGGAAAAAAAUUGCACGCCAAUAUGGUUUGAUAACAAGUAAACACAAACUUAUUGCAUCCAGACGAAAAUUAAGCAAAGACGAUAGGGAGUUUAAAGAUAAAAUACGAGUUUUUGCUCAAUUUUUACCAUCACAACAAUGGGAAGAACUGGUCACCAACAAAAUAAGAGAAAAAGAACUAAAAGAAAAAAUUAAAGAAUUAAUUCGUUACAGAAGAAAUGGAUUAAAGAAAAUAACAGCUUGCCAAGAGUAUGAAGAUGCGAAACUUCAAAGGGAAAAGAAGAAAGAGCUGAAAAAAAGAAUGCAAGUAAUUUCACCACCCAGGGCAACAAAAACAUCCGGGAAAAAGGAUAAGGAGAUUAAGAAAGAAAUGGAAGAUGAAAAACGACUAUCAGAAAAAAUUACUGCUGCUUCUGUAUCAGCUGAAUUUAAAGAGAAAAUGAAGAAUGAUCCGUGCUACUAUCUUCUGUCAGAUAAAGAAAAACAGUUAUGUUUCGCGAUUCAGUUACAAUGUUGCAGAUAUUUGACGUUGAAAACUUUUCUACUAAACGAAUAUGCGUCUCGUCGAAUGAAUGCUCAGUUUAAAUCCAAACCACCACAGUAUCUUUCUUCUAUUCUACGGAAUUCAUUGCAAGAAUUUUUUUUACAAAGUGGUUGGAUGUGUGAAUGAGUAAUAUAUUUUUACCGAAGAUUUUUUUUUAAACUUUUUUAUUUAUGUUGUAUAGCUGUGUAAGAAGCAGAAAAUAGAAACAGGUUUUAAAAUAGAAAUAUGCAAAUUGUCA